AUGCAUUUAUUCUAGGGAUGGCUUACAAAAAACUCACUUGUAAGAUCCUACGUGGAUUAAAAGACCAAGUACUUUCAUAAGGUAAAAAAGAAUUAGGAUAAGUUAGAUCAAAGAUAUAGAUUAUACAAGCAAAGCAAAAAGUUUAUUGAUAAGCAUAAACCCUAUCAGCCGCCUAAAAAAAGACUCCAAAAAUUCUCUCAUUAAAUCUAGUUGAAUUCAGAGCUUCAUCAAGAAAACCAUAUAAUAAGUAUCAAGAUUGAGGGCUUAAGAAUGGGUUUAAAACAAUCUCUGCUUGAUUAAUAAAUGGAAAUAUCAGAGAGAUUUAUAAGUCUUCUUAGUCCUAAAAUGAUAAUAAAACAAGAGUACAUUGAGGAGGAAGAAGAAAAAUAAUAGAAUAAUUAGAAUUAGCCAAAUUAGGGACAAGUUGAUAGCCUAAAAUUAGAUUUCUAGGAGGCUUCUAAUAGAGAGUUAGAUCCACCAUUGGAGCAUCAUAAAUAUGAUAUCAAUAAAGAAUUUGGUAACUACAAUCAAGAUAGAGUCCAGUUCAUAGAAUCUGACCAAUAAAUGAUUUAAAUAUAGGAAAGGAAACAGACAAUUUUCUCUCAAGAAAGGAAAACAUUUUCUCAAUAAUCUACAAUGAAUUCUGCUGAUUCAUUUGAUAUGAGAAACAAUCCUUUUCACCAAGCCAUUUGUUAGAACAUAGCAUCAAAGCAAUAAGAAAUUUUAGAGUCUUAUAAAUUAAGAGAAAAUCCGAUGUAUGAUUUCUUGGAUGAAAAGAAAUUAGAGACUAUUGUAGACGAAAACAAAAAAGACAUAGACUAGAUAUUUUAGACCUAAAUGAAAUAAAACUCAGCUCAGAAAAAGCUCAUUGAAUUAGCUAAUUUACAGAUAAAAUAAAAAUAGCUUGAGGAAAAAAACAAGUGA